AUGCCCGCCAAGCGGCGAAAGAAGCAAAAGAGCGAUAUACAGGUCAAGAAACGACGUACAGAUGGCAGAAGUGAUCCUGAAAGCUGUCCGUUUUGUUGUGGCACGCUAAAGCGGAUGGUGCUCAAGAAUUUCCUGUGUCACCCGAAAUUGGAUUUCAGCUUUGGCCCAAUGGUAAAUUUUAUUACGGGUCGAAACGGAACAGGCAAGAGCGCGGUCAUGGCCGGCAUGGUGGUCGGCCUCGGCGGCAGGGCGUCGGUGAUGAACCGUGGGCAAGCGCUGCGUUGCUACAUCAGGAACGGUUGUUCGAGUGCCACCAUUUCGAUCACGAUCGCCAACGCCGGCUCCGACGCGUUCAAGCCGGAUGUCUAUGGUGCCGAAAUCGUCGUCGAACGCAAAAUCUUCCUCACCGGAGCCAGCGCGUACCGACUCAUGUCCGCUGAUGGUACGUAUCCUGAUUAA